AUGGGGAUUCCAAGCAUUUUAAGACUAUCUUGGAACCGAACCAUUCUACUUUUUCAGGACAUCAAACACUGCUGCUUCAAUCUACAGUCGACACUCUAUAAACGCUACAUCAAAUACUUUUUGGAGAAUGAAGAUGACCAUCUCGACAUCUCGCAGCUGAAGACAAAUUGGCAAAUAGAAAAUUCAUGGGUGAAGAAGGGUACACAAGAAGGGGACAACAAGUGA